ACCCCGAAAACAGCCACACUGAUAAGUGAUACCCUAUCCUCUCCUAUAUUAAGACUCAUCAAGCUAAGAUCGUCUUCACCUCCCAACCUUCCUUCUCUUUUCCUGCUUCCUCUAUCCCAACACACAACGCCACCUCCUUCUCAUGUAUCAGAAGGGAAUCAUGGCUGCCGGUGCCGCUACUGAGAAUUGGGGUGAUUCCAGCAUGAGUACAUGUAUGGCAACUGGACAUCAAGUUCAUUCUGUGGUUGGAAAUGGUGCCUUGACAUUUGACAUGGACUAUGAGCGCUGGGUCAAUGAGCAUCAGCAACUGAUAAAUGACCUGAGACAAGCUUUUAAUUCCCAAAAGGGGGAUGAUGAUCUGCAUAUUGUUGUUGAGGGUGUGACAGCACAUUAUGAUGAAUUAUUGAGGUUAAAGAUCAUCGGGGCAAAAGCUGAUGUGUUUCACAUGUUCAAUGGUAUGUGGAAGACGCCCGCAGAAAGAUGUUUUAUGUGGUUAGGUGGGUUUCGAUCGUCUGAACUUUUGAAGAUAUUGAGGAACCAGCUUGAGCCAUUACCAGAGCAGCAAUUGAUGGGCUUGUAUAAUUUGCAGCAUUCUUCAUUGCAGGCUGAGGAUGCUUUAUCACAAGGCAUGGAAGCAUUGCAUCAAUCUCUUUCUAGGAUACUUUCUGACUCUUCAACCUCACUCGGAUCCACUAGUUCUGGAAAUUCUGCCCAAUUCAAUAUGGGUCAAAUAAUGGAUCUUGCUAUGACCAAGCUUCACUCUUUAGAGGAUUUUCUUCUUGCGGCUGAUAUUUUAAGGCAGCAAACUGUGCGACAGCUGCAAAGAAUCUUGAGCACGCGACAAGCAGCUCGAGCCCUCCUUGUCAUCAAUGAUUUCGUUUCCCAACUACGAAAUGUAAAAUGCUUCAGGCCUACAAAUCUUCGUAGGCUGGCUCAGAAUCAUCAAGAGGCUACGAGGAAGGGUCGGUCUGGGAAAAAGGGUAUACUUGUUACAAUUGAAUAUCCUAAUAAGGAUCAUUCUCAUUCAGUGGUUGAAAAUGGUGCCUCCGCAUUCGACAUGGACUAUGAGCGUUGGGUAGAAGAGCACCAACAUGUGAUCAACAACCUAAGAAAAGCUUUCAAUUCUCAAAUGGGAGAAGAUAAUAAGGAUGAACUACACAUCGCUAUCGUGGGCGUUACAUCACAUUACGAAGAAUUAUCAAGGUUAAAGAGCAUGGGGACAAAGGCUGACGUAUUUCACAUGCUCUCUGGUACGUGGAAGACGCCUGUUGAAAGAUGUUUUAUGUGGUUGGGUGGAUUCCGAUCAUCUGAACUCGUCAAGAUAAUAAUGAAAGAGCAGCUAGAGGCAUUAACAGAGGAGGAAUUGGGGGGGAUGUAUAAUCUGCAGCAGGCUUCGUGGCAACUUGAGGAUGCUUUAUCACAAGCCAUGCAGGUAUUACAACAAUCUCUUGUAGAGACACUUUGCUCCAACUCGUUCGGCCUCGAACACUCCGGUUCUGAAUACAGUACGAGUCAAAUGGCACUUGCAAUGAGCAAGCUUGCCUCAUUGGAGAGUAUAGUUCUCCAGGCUGAAUUGUUGAGGCAACAAACUCUGAAAGAGUUGCAAAGAAUCUUGAGGACACGACAAGCAGCACGUGCAUUCCUUGUGAUCAAUGACUACAUCUCUCGACUACGAAAUGUUAAAACUGCAAGCUCUCCAGUCGAGGGCAUGCCAUCGAACUUGCACCAGAAACUAGCUACUUCAAUGAAUCUGCACCAAGAAGAUGACCAACUGAUGAAGAAGAAUCAAAUUAAAGCAGUGAAGCUUCAUGGAGGAAGAUCCAAGUUGCUGAUGAAGAAUAAAGCAAAUGGUCAUUUGAAGUCACCGUCAAAAGGGUUGGGUGAGAAAAGGAGAUGUGUUGUGUUUGAAAUCUCGUUUUAGAUGGGAUAAUAAUAAUUUACUCUGAAAAUUUGGAUUGGUUUCUAAACGAAACAUUCUUAUGUAAUAUUUGAAUUGUGGGAAAAUAUCUUUUUAAAAAAAAAGAAAGAGAGAGAAAUGGACCAAUCACAUUUUCUUUCUAA